CGAACGAGCUCCUGUCAAGGAGGAAAGCUCGAGGCACUCGGAGCGGCUGGAGCCUCCCGGCACCGUGGAGCUGACACUGGGACCCGGCACAAGCCAGCACAUCACCCCUCUGCCCCUGUCCCUGGGGAUUCAGUGGUGUCCUGGGAGCUCGACCUGCCCUGACCUGCCGUGGGACACGUCCGUGCACAGCCCCCCCACCCAGCCAUGCUGCACUUCCUCUGGGACAGCAUCUCCUUCCAUACGCUCCUCAUCUUCCUCAUUGUCUUCCUGUUUGUCGCUGACUACAUGAAGAACAGAAACCCAAAGAACUUCCCUCCCACCCCUUUACGCCUUCCCUUUGUUGGGCACCUUUAUUUGAUGGACUUCAAAGAUCCCCGAGUGGGAGUGCAGAAGCUUACUGAAAAUUAUGGUGACAUCUUUGGCUCUUCGAUGGGCAGCAUGAAGUUUGUGAUGGUAAAUGGGAUGCGGCUGGUUAAGGAAGUGCUUGUAAACCAAGGGGAAAACUUCCUGGAGCGACCAGAAAUGCCCUCCGAAAUCUUCAGCAAGAUGGGACUGAUCUCCUCCAGUGGGCACUUGUGGAAGGCACAGAGGAGGUUCACCCUGAGCACCCUCCGAAACUUUGGCUUGGGGAAGAGGAGCGUGGAGGAGCGCAUCCAGGAGGAGUGCCGAUUCCUCGUGGAUGCCUUUAAGGAUGAGCAGGGGAAUCCUUUUGACCCUCAGUUUACACUCACUAAUGCUGUUUCAAAUGUCAUCUGCUCCCUCACCCUCGGCAAUCGGUUUGACUACCAUGAUGAGGACUUCCAAAAAUUGCUGAAGCUGAUGUAUGAAACGACUGCCCUCAACGGAACCAUCACAGCCCAGCUGUACAACUCUUUCCCAUCUAUAAUGAAGUUCCUCCCUGGAGCACACCAAACCAUUUCUAAAAACUCGAAGUUGUUGAAAAGCUACAUGCAAGAGCAGAUCAACAAGCACAAGGAGGACUGGAACCCCUCAGAGAGCCGGGACUACAUCGACAGCUACCUGCAGGAGAUAGCCAAGGACAAGGGCAGUGACACCUUCCGGGAGGAACAUCUCGUCGCCUGCACCCUUGACCUGAUGUUUGCUGGAACCGAGACCACUUCCUCGACCCUCCGCUGGGCUCUGCUGUUCAUGGCCUUACAUCCAGAAAUUCAAGCCCGUGUGCAAGCCGAGAUUGACGCCGUCAUCGGACAGGCUCGGCAGCCAGUGCUGGAGGACAGGAACAACAUGCCCUACACCAAUGCCGUCAUCCAUGAGGUGCAGAGGAAAGCCAACAUUGUCCCUUUCAACGUGCCAAGAAUGGCGGCAAAGGACACGAUCCUGGAUGGCUUCUUCAUCCCAAAGGGCACUACGUUGUUGACAAAUAUAACCUCUGUGAUGUUUGACAAGAAUGAGUGGGAAAGUCCCGACACUUUUAACCCUGGGCAUUUCCUGAAGGAUGGGAAGUUCUGGAGAAGAGAAUCAUUUCUGGCAUUUUCUAUAGGGAAGCGCGCCUGCCUGGGCGAGGUGCUGGCCCGCUCCGAGCUCUUCCUCUUCUUCACGUCUCUGCUCCAGAAAUUCACCUUCCAGGCACCCCCGGACACCACACUCAGCCUCCACCCCGUGAUGGGCAUCACGAUGGCCCCACAGCCCUACAAGAUCUGCGCUGUGCCUCGGUAGGGAAGCCUCAGCCACAAUCCUCACAGGGAAAAUCCUUUGUCAGGAGUGCGGAAAACAAGCCCUUGGCAACUCAUCUGGGCUAAUAAAAUAAAAAACAGAAAAAUUGAAAAAAAAUAAUCCCUCUGUUGCUUGGGAGCACUUUAUCCAAAGCCCAAGAGAAGGAGAAGCAGCAGCGAGUGUUGGAAGGGUCGCGCCUGUGGCAGCUCACCGCUGGCUGUCAGGAAGGAAGUGGCUUUGUGGUGAGAAGACUCGAGGUCAACACUUCCCCUCUGUUUGUGGCAAAGAUUUGCGUCCACGAUGGCCAUUAUGGGCAUGGACACAGUGUGGGGCGGAGGAAGUGGGUUGGGACAUGGCCCCUCAUGACAGACACACUGCUCCUGCCCAUACCAGCUCCCUUUGGAUAAGAGUUCAUUAAACAUGCAACUUUUUCAUUUACACAACCAAG